GCCGCCGCUGCACAUCCGGAUUAAGCUGAAGCGGCUGCUGCUGCUGCUUCUGCUUCUCCUUUUCUACCCCCACCCCACAACACGCAGCAGGGACGACCCCCCGAUUUGCAAACUUGCCGGAGCCGCGCUGCAGGUGCUGCUGGAUUCCUGAGAACACAACUCUUUCUGCCAUGGAGCCAUGGGUGUACCUUGACCCGCGGCAGAGGGCACUAUAUCGAGAUGUCAUGCAGGAGAGUUACGAGACGCUGAUGUCUCUCGCUGCAGACAAGCUGCUGAACAGUAACAACAAUGAAGAGGAGGAAGAGGAGGAGGACGAUGAAGAGGAGGAGGACGACGAAGGGCCCGAGGAGCUGCGUCCAGGCACGUCUCAAAGCACCCCCAGGCGAGUCAAGCCCGUGGUGCGCCGCACACCGCCCAAGCAGCUGCCGCCGCCACCACCACUGCCACCACCACCCAAGAUCAUGCCGGUGGUGAAGAAGGACAAAGCAACUCAGCGAGGGCAUGGGCUAAAGAACAGCUUGGAGAGCCGUUGCUCGGACUGCACGAUGAGCCUGCAUGCGCCGCCCCGGGGCCGCCAGCGGAGCGAGGCCAACGCCGCGCGGGAGAAGCCCUUCCAGUGCUCGGACUGCGGCAAGAGCUUCAUCUGGAGCUCCCACCUGGAGCGCCACCGCCGGAUGCACACGGGCGAGAAGCCCUUCAAGUGCCUCAACUGCGGCGAGGCCUACAGCCAGAACUUCCACCUGCUGCAGCACCGCUGCUCGCAGCUGAUCGAGAAGCCCUUCAAGUGCCCCGAGUGCGGGAAGCGCUUCGCGCAGAGCUCAGCCCUGGAGAACCACCGCAAGGGCCACACGGCCGAGAAGCCCCACAAGUGCGCCGACUGCGGCAAGUGCUUCAUCUGGGCCUCCCACCUGGAGCGGCACCGGCGGGUCCACACGGGCGAGCGGCCCUUCAAGUGCCCCGAGUGCGGGGAGACCUACAGCCAGAGCGCCCACCUGGCCAAGCACCGGCGCAACCACAUGGGCGAGCGGCCCUACAACUGCCCGGCCUGCUGGCGGAGCUAUGCGCUCAUCUCGGAGCUGGAGGAGCACAAGAAGACCCACCUGGGCUGCGAGGACUGCGGCAAGGUCUAUCGCAGCCGCCAGACGCUGAUGCGCCACCAGAGGGGCCACCACCGCGAGCGCACGCACCUGUGCGAGGAGUGCGGCAAGGGCUUCGUGUGGGCCUCCCACCUGGAGCGCCACCGCCGCGUGCACACGGGCGAGCGGCCCUUCCCCUGCCCCACCUGCGGGGAGAAGUUCGCCCAGAAGGUCCACCUUCUGCAGCACAACAAGACGCACUCGCACGCCCGGCCCUACAAGUGCGGCGACUGCGACAAGCGCUUCGGCGACAGCUCGGCCUUCCUGGCGCACCAGCGGGGCCACGCCAUGGAGAAGAACCACAAGUGCCAGUACUGCGGGAAGAGCUUCGCCUGGAGCUCCCACCUGGAGAGGCACCAGCGCAUCCACACGGGAGAGAAGCCCUACAAGUGCCCCGACUGCCCCGAGCACUUCAGCCAGACCUCGCAGCUCUUCAAGCACCAGCGCACCCACGUGGGGAAGAGGCCCUACAAGUGCAGCGAGUGCGGGAGGAGCUUCGGCACCACCCUGGAGGUCAUCAUCCACCAGCGGACCCACUUCGGGACCAAGGCGUACCGCUGCUCCAACUGUGGGAAGGGUUUCACGCGGCGCGCCAACCUGCUGAAGCACCAGAGGAGCCACGUGAAGGAGAGCCCCGAGAAAAAGGAAGAUUAAGGGGGCGCGAGAGAAGUGGGGAAGGGGGGGCAGAGAGACGGGAGACGCGCGUCCUCUCCCUCGUGUUACCAAACAAGUCUAGAAUCCACACGAGGAAGAGGAAUCCCUUUUGUGCAUUCUGCUUAACGGGGGGAAGCGGCGGCAACGUCGCAGCUCUUGCGGCAGCCUCGGAUGACCUGCACGUGGUUGAGGAAUUAUUUCGGGGGUUGGGUUGGGGUGGGAAAGAUAACAAUGGAAAAGAAACAUGCGACCGCAGCAUAUAAGCGAGGAGAUUGUAGACAUGCGCCUCGAUAGCGGGGGGGAAAAGAGGUUCUUGGAAAAGAAGGCCUAUUGAGGCGAAAACCUAGUAAUCAUGUCCACCGGGGAGUUUUGAUCCUGAUUUAGAAUCCGUAUGGGUGUCUCGCUCACCUUUUUGUUUUGACACUGUGUACGUAUAAAUAUAACCCAUGUUUUGGGAAACGAAAAGCUUUACUUGACUCUUCCUCUCCCUGUAUUGCACCCGACUCCCUUCUCCCCACCCCUCCAGCCCUAUUAGAGGAGCGCUGAUGGAUCAGGUCGGAGGCUCCUAUAGGAUCCCGCAAUCCUGUCCUCCUAGCGGCCAUUCGGAUGCUUAUGGGAAGCCAGCAAGCAGGACCCGGGUGCAGCAAUCGCUUGUGAUUCCCAGCAACUAGAGGUUUUUUUUGUGUUUUUGUUUGCCUCCGACAGUUGAAGGGGGGAUACAUUGCUCUCAUGGCUAGUAGCCACUGCUAGCCUUAUCCUCCAUGAAUUUGUCUAAUCCUCUCUUAAAGAUGCCCCUCCCCCCCCAAAGUGGGUGACUUUGAACUCUGGAUAACAAAGCUUUAACAUGCCGAGGACUGAGCUCCAGACCUUAGAUGCCUAACUGAGAAGGACUCAGACUUCACUAGAUGCUAGGGAAUCCACCUGGGGAGCGGGGAGGGCGGUAAAACUUUGGUAAGCCUCUUGAAUGUGGAGGAAAAGCUUUAUUGAUUUCUUCAACACAUAUAAUCUAGUUACAGGUAGAUAGCCGUCUGAGGGUCUGAGUUGAAGCAAAAUAAAAAAAUCAUUCAGUAGCACCUUAAAGACCAACUAAGUUUUUAUUUUGGUAUGAGCUUUCGUGUGCGUGCACACUUCUUCAGAUACACUUGAAACAGAAGUCAGACCCUUAUGUAUAUACAGAGGGUGGGGUGGUGGUGGUGGGGAAUGGGUGAUGGGCUGAUGGGAGUGGUAAACCUGUAGAUGGCUGUUAACGACUGCUGAUGACUGCAAUUGGUCCUGUGGGGAAAAAGCAAGGGCUGAGGCGCUAAAGAAAGUUUGAUCAUGCAUAAUGAGAUAAGAAUCCAAUGUCUUUGUUCAUGCCAGGUGGCUCCAUGGUUUUAAGCUUGGUAAUGAGCUCCAAUUCAGCAACUUCUCUUUCCAGUCUGUUCCUGAAAAUUUUCUGUAAUAAAACAGCUGCUUUAAUAAAACAAGA